UGUAAAGUUUUUCAUAAAAGUCACUACUAUAAAUAAGUUUUCCCCUGCUUAUACAUACUCGAAAAAAAUCAUCUCCCACAAAAUCCAAUGGCAAGAAAGAAAACAAAAUUAGCAUACAUAGAAAACCCGACUACCAGAAGAACAACCUGUAGAAAAAGAGUGAAAGGGCUUUUAAAAAAGGCAGGAGAAUUAAAAAUCUUGUGUGAUAUUGAUGUUUGUGUUAUCAUUUACAAUUCUAAGAAUGAUCAAAUCCCUGUGGUUUGGCCUUCUUCUGAGGCUGAAGCCAAAAGAAUUAUCUCUGAGUACCAAUUAAGAUCAGAGUUUUAUCAGUCUCAAAGAAAAGUUGACCAAAAAUCAUAUGUUCAACAAUAUGUAAACAAAGUUAUUGAGAAACUGACAAAAUUACAAAGAAAAAACCGAGAAAUGGAGAUGAAGAAUCUUAUCGGUCAACUUUUUCUUGGGAAAGCUAUAGAAGAAGUUCAACCAUUUGAUAUUGUUGAUUUGCUUUCUGCCAUUGAUGAUAAACUUAAAAUGGUUGAUCAUCAAAUUAAUGUUUUAAAAGAAGUUCAAAAGGUUGAUGAUGGAGUUGGUCCUUCUCAAAUACAUUAUAUGAUCCCUUAAAUUGUGUGCAGGGAGAGCUAUUUUUGUAUUACAAGUUUUUUGUUUAAGCCACCAAUCCAUGUUUGUCAUUGUCUUAAUACAUUCAAUAUCAUAAAUACUGAAUGUUGUUAUUGUUGUCGUGUAUACAAUCACUUAUGAGUACUUUAUGGGUAAGAGCCAAGUAUUUAAUUUGAAGUAGUAUUUAGAAUCAUGAA